AUAAAUAAAAGGACUACUGCCCCUUUAAGAGAGUUCAGAGUUCACGCUGCACGUGUUCAAAUCAACAUGGCGGCCUCGUGCUUAGUAGUAUCGGAAACGAAACUUGGUGUUUGAAGCCAGCAGAAUGAUGGCAGAAGGUAGCAAUCCAGCAUCUGAUGCAACACCAUCAAAGGAGGAGGAGCCUGAUGAUGUCCCACAAAACUUUAAAAACGACACUCCUGAAGCUGAUGCUCAAGCUGCACGCGACAGUGAGGCAGCUCCUGACCCCUGCAAGUACCGCUACAUAAAGGACGACCUCUUCACUUCUGAAAUCUUCAAGGUGGAGAUCAGGAAUCUGCCCAAGUUCACCGGUUUCAAUGACCUAAAGAAGUUCCUGGCCAAACAUGGGCUCAAUCCACAUAAAAUCAAGCUUUUUGGCAGGCAGACGUUUGCUUUUGUCACCUUUAAGAAUGAGGAGGAGCGCGACAAAGCCAUGAAGAUGGUUCACGGCAUGCAGUGGAAGGGUCAGGUGCUCAGCGUCAAGCUGGCCAAACCGAAAGCAGACCCCAUCUUGAAGAAGAGGAAGCAGGAGGAGGGCGAGGGUGUGUCAGGGCAGCCCGUUUCUAAAAGAACUGAAGGCGGUGAGGAGGAGGACGAGGAGCCACUCAGUGUUCAGAUCGCCAAUGUGGUGACUCCUCUGUGGAAUGUGCCUUACGAGGAGCAGCUGAGGAGGAAGGAGCAGGAGGUGGUGGGGAUUCUGCAGAGGUUGGCCAAUGAGAUUGGCAGCACCAACAAAGCCAUGUUACCAUGGUUAUUUGCACAGAAAGGAAAAUUCAACAAAAUGUGUUGUCCUCUUGAAGCCAUUCGACCAUCUCCCACACAGACAGAGUACAGAAACAAGUGCGAGUUCCUCAUCUCAGUUGGGGCAGAUGGCGAGGAUAAGACCAUUGGUUUUCGUUUGGGGAAGUAUAAAGGAGGCUCCUGUGCUGUGGUGGGACCAGCAGAGACCUGCCAUGUUUCAGCAGAGGCCAAAAGGGUGGUCAGCGAAUUUCAGAACUUUAUUAGGACAACUCCAUACUCUGUGUACAGUCCUGAGACAUACGAAGGUCACUGGAAGCAGCUGACUGUGCGCACCACAAGGACCAAACAAGCUAUGGUGAUUGUUUUCUUCAACCCGCAGAAACUUGAGGAAGACGAGCUCAAUGCUCUGAAGAGCUCUAUGAAGAAGUACUUCACUGAAGGAAAGGGCAGUGAGAGCGCUGCGACCUCUUUAUACUUUGUUCGAGACGGUCAGAGAAAAUCUCCCAACCCGGAGGACCUGCCCUGUGAGCUCAUAGCUGGGGAGAGCUGCAUUCAUGAGGAGCUGCUCGGUCUGAAGUUCAGGAUUUCUCCUCACUCCUUCUUCCAGGUGAAUACAGGAGCUGCAGAGGUGCUGUACUCGGCUGUGGGGGAGUGGGCCCAGCUCGAUCAGGACAGCACAGUGCUGGACGUGUGCUGUGGGACUGGAACCAUUGGCAUCUCCCUCGCUAAAAGAGUAAAAAAGGUGAUUGGGAUCGAGUUGUGCCAGGAAGCAGUGGAAGACGCCAGAGUUAAUGCAAAGCUCAACGGUCUCAGUAAUGUUGAGUUUCACUGUGGAAAAGCAGAGGAUGUGUUUCCUAACAUCCUCAAUGCUGUCGUUUCACCCAACGUCACCGCCAUCGUAGAUCCACCCAGAGCAGGCCUACAUUCCAAAGUGAUCCUCGCCAUCAGGAGAGCAGAACAUCUGAAGAGGCUCGUUUACGUUGCGUGCAACGCCAAGGCAGCCAUGGCCAACUUCAUUGACCUGUGCAGAGCUCCUUCCAACAGAGUUCACGGAGCUCCGUUCCGUCCGGUGCGAGCGCUGGCCGUGGAUUUAUUUCCUCAGACGAUGCACGUUGAAAUGCUCCUGCUGCUCGAGAGAGUGGACUACGACUCCCAGCAGCAGCAGACUCCCUGAUCAGGAACAGACUCUAAACAGUUAAUGGCUUUUCAUCCUUUAAAUUUAUACUCACUUGUUACUGCUAUAGAAAAACAAGUUUCUUGGAACCUUUUUGUUUACAGAAAUUAAAUAGUUGAAGUUAAAAGUAACUUCCAAGUGUUCUGGCUUAGAUUAAUCACUUUAUUUGAAAGCAUUUUGAUUUAAGGACAACUUAAACCUGUUCAGUCA